UUCGUGUGUUUAUCGUUCUUGUUAUUUUGACUCAAAACGUGCGAUGGCGGCAGCAGAUGUAAAAGAGUCUGUUGACGACGAUCAGAGGAGGCUUUGUGAAGAGUUUGCCGCUGUCACCGGUACCGAUACGUCAUUAGCCGAGUACUACCUCAGAGAAAAGAACUGGCAAAUCGAGGAAGCUCUUAAUGUUUAUUUUGAUGGUGGAGAUCCUACUCCACAAAUUGAUCUUGAUUCUCAUAGCAUGUCACCAUCAGGAUCCUCUGGAAAUAGUUCACCUGAUUUGGUAGUAACAUAUGACUCAGGCGCCCCUGCAGAUAGUAACCUUGGCAACCAAACAUGUUCAUUGAUGUUGAAACUAUUGACAUGGAAUAUAGAUGGUUUAGAUAAUAAAAAUAUUACAGAAAGGACAAAAACUGUUUGUUCUAUAAUUAAGCGAGAGUCUCCUGAUGUAGUGUACUUACAAGAAGUUAUCGUGGAAACAUUUGCUUAUAUAGAAACCAUGUGUUCACCAACCUACAUUGCCAUACCUGCCAAUUCAGAACAGUAUUUCACAACUAUCCUCCUGAGAAAAAGUAGAAUUUCUCUCCUAGCUCACAAGAUAAUAGAAUUCCCAACUACGAAAAUGUAUAGAAACUUGUUGACCGUCAAAGCUAGAUUUCGUGAUAUAGAUUUACUACUCAUGACAUCUCAUAUGGAGAGUAUGAAGAAUCAUUCACAUGAACGUAAAACACAGUUAACAACAGUUCUAAAGCAUAUGUCUGAAGCUGACGCUGCCACUGCUGUCAUUUUUGGUGGAGAUACUAAUCUUAGAGAUUAUGAAAUCACUCAGAUCGGUGGCUUACCUGAUUCUAUUGGUGAUGUUUGGCAGAUGUGUGGAAGCCCUGAAGAUGCCCAAUUUUCAUGGGAUAUUACGAAAAAUGACAAUCUCGAUAUGCCAUUUAAACCAAAAUGUCGCUUUGACAGGCUGUUUUUACGCCAGGGAUGUUCUUCGAAACUGCUGCCGCAAAUGUUUAUGUUUGUUGGAACUGAAAGACUUCCUUGUGGGAGGUUUGCAAGUGACCACUGGGGCAUACUUUGUGAAUUUAAGAUUGUAUGA